CGCAUAAAUAGAAUGUAAACACAAAUUUAUCCAUGUGGUUACAUACAUACAUACAUAUGUACAUGCUUGUACUAUGCAACAUAGUUUUGCUCUCACCGAUCGAGGUGUUUGACCGAACGGUGAUAAAAGAACACGUUGUUGGGGCACUGUCGGUGGUUUUGUCGGUAGAAGAAGAUCUCUGGCAAGAUCUCAGAUUCGUUGUUGUGAAAACACAAACAAUCUCUCAAAAUAAUCUAAAAAUAAAGUACACUAUGCGCUCUUCGCUAUUACUGCGAGCAUUAUGGAGGAUCCGUCUGUGCCAGCAGUUCGUAGGAAACAUUGCGUUCAUUGUGAUUUGUGUUGAGAUUUGGCACUAAAGAAGGCAACAUUUUUACAUAAGACAGUAAAUUGGAGUAAAACCAAAAGUGCAUACAAUUUAAAAUGGAUUUGUCAACUGAUAUUUGGGGUCAACUGGCUGUCGAGGCGUCGCAGGUGUACCUUUCCGAUGGUACCGUACGUUCGCCCUUCGCAAAUACGACAAUCGAAAAAUUGCCCGACAAGGUGCUGCUGCACAUCUUCUCUUACCUGUCGCAUCGUGAAAUUUGUCGAUUGGCGCGCAUCUGUCGACGCUGGCGUCAGAUCGCCUAUGACACACGUCUCUGGAAAAAUGUUUCACUACGCCCGGAGGUGUCUGGCCUACACGUUGGUUCGCUGGAAUCUUUGCUUGCACUCAUCUCUGUGCGUUUCGGUCCCACAUUGCGCUACAUUGAGCUGCCAAUCGAGCUGAUUACGCAUACAGUGCUGCAUGAGCUUUCUGCCAAGUGUCCAAAUCUCACCCAUAUGCUGCUGGACUUCUCCACAGCCAUGCAGUUGCAUGAUUUCAGCGAGAUGCAGGCCUUUCCCACCAAGCUGCGCUACAUGUGCAUUUGCCUUUCAGAGGUGAUCUUCAUGGAGGGCUUCAUGCGUAAAAUUUACAAUUUCAUCAAUGGCUUGGAGGUUUUGCACCUCAUCGGCACCUACGAGAAGUGCGAAGAGGAGGAAGAGGAGAUAUACGAAGUUAUCAAUGUGCAUAAACUCAAAUCGGCCACGCCCAAUUUGCGUGUGAUCAAUUUGUAUGGCAUUAAUUUUAUUGACGACUCGCAUAUUGAUGCCUUCAGCUCGAAUUGUAUUCAGUUGGAGUGUUUGGCUGUGAACUUUUGCAACAAGGUGACUGGCAGCACUCUGAAAACACUAAUACAGCGUUCGAAACGAUUAAACUGCUUGCUAAUGAACGGUACUAGUCUGAAGUCGGAAUAUGUAAUGCAGGUUGAAUGGGAUAAAUGCGCCUUGCAGGAGCUAGACAUAACCGCCACUGAUUUGUCGUCUGAAUGCCUUAUUGAUCUGUUGACGAAAAUACCAAAUUUGAAGUUCCUGUGUGCGGGCCAAAUCAAUGGUUUUAAUGACACGGUGCUGAAGCAAUGGAUGGAGUCGGGGCUGACGAGGUAA